CUCGCAUGGACUCCGGAUCCAUCCUAUUUCUCAAGUGAAUUAUGUAAUUGGUCGUGCGGCAGUCGUUUUGGGCACUGAUCGCGCGAUAAGGACGUUGCUUUGCCGGACCGUCUGCUUGAAGACGAUGGCCAUUGACGCAGGCGAAGCUUCGUUUUCACCUUCUCAGAAUAGCCAUUCCAGUCAGUCGCGCCAUUUUUAUCUCGCAGUGGACAGGCUACAGUUCAAAAUGGAAACUUUGAUGGAUCUGCUGGGUUUGGUAGGCCGGCGUCCAUGCCUACCCAUUGUAGUCUGUUGCAGUACUCGCGAUGAGCUUGACUCUGUCUGCUCUGCCUUUUCCAGCCUCCCUUUUAUGUCUUUGUCAGUCUUGUAUAGUGACCUUGCUGAAGCAGAACGUGCUCUUAUCUUAGAGAAAUUUCGGCAAGUGACAGCAAGGUGGAGCCAGGUAAACCAUGUGGGAACAGAAAAUGAAGAUGAGGAUGGGAAAGAUGAGCAAAGGUCUCAUAUGAUAGUUGUAACAGAUGCAUGCCUUCCUCUCCUUGCUUCUGGGGAAUCUCCAAUAUCUGGCCAUCUUCUGAUAAAUUAUGAACUGCCAGCAAAGAAGGAAACAUAUGUGAGGCGCAUGGCAACUUGUUUGGCAGCUGAUGGAGUUGUCAUUAAUAUGGUCGUUGGUGGUGAAGUGGUCACUCUCAAGAGCAUUGAAGAAAGCAGCGGCAUUGUCAUACAAGAGAUGCCCAUGCAGAUUCUUGAUAUUUUGUGAGCAUUUGUCUUUGGCGUUGGGAGAAGACAGCUGAGGGUAAUGAUACAUUGCACUCCUAGGAAAGGUUAAAAACCUUGAGGGCUUUUAUUUCUUUGGAAGCUGUGUUGGCACAUGAAGAAUACGAUCACUAACUUGUACAAUCUUUUUCUACCAUCUCACAAUUGCCUUUAAUGGUGGAGAUCUGCAUCUCCUUGUUGCCGAAAAUUGAUUCCUAGAAGAAAAGAAAACGUAAUGGAUCUUUGUUUUAUAUAGAGCAUGAGGUGAGUCACGUUGUUUCCGACUUACAU